UAAAGGCACAUAUUCAGGUAACAGUUCUGAAGGGAUUUAAGAAAAGAGGAAAUAAUGCUGACAUCAUUUUAGUCAACACUUUCACUUCAGUUACGCUUAACUGAAUCUGGCUGCCAAAAUAACAGUGUAUUAAGAAAGUUCCAUCAUGGCCAACACAGACAGUGUUAAAACAUUCAGGUUUCAAAAAUGGACAAAUGCUCUGUUCAGAUAUCAAAACAGAUUUUUUAUAAUCCAGGAUGGAUGGCUACAGUAUUAUAGAAAUAUGGAUGAGAUUGGAAACACAAUCCGUGGCUCAAUGAAUCUUGCUAACGUUUCUUUUGAAAAGAUCAACUCACGUAAAAUCAUGUUACAGAAUGAUAGCAGAAAAAUGUUUCUUCUAGCUGACAGUGUACGGGAGAUGGAAGAGUUUCUUGAAGAAGUAAACAGGAAUAAAAGCAGCAAAGAGAAACAGAAUGAGUACGAAGAUGUGACACAUCCACCUAGGAAAAGCAAUACACGUGCCUACUUACAGAUGAUGAAAUAAUAGUGUUGUUUGACACAGUGAAACAGAACCAGUGGCAUUGUCAUAUUCAUUCAGCAUUAUUUCUGUUUUCCUGAGAUGUUUUAAUUAUUUGUAUCAGCUGUCAUUUAAACCAAAUCUUGAAAUUACUCUGAAAUUAUGAGUGGAAUUUUCUUUAUGCUUUUUAUUGUUACCAGACUUAUAUACUUAGAAUGGUAAAUCACAUUAUUGACUUUUAUCAUUGAAGAAAGUAUUGAGAUUAUUCUGAGUACUUAAUGAUGUCUUGAGUUGUCUUGUCAAUCAUUUGUUUGUAUUAAUUAACCACUGACAUUUUGGUGAUUGACAGAGUUAAGAUAUGGGCUUCCAUUUCAAAGACGAAACACCAAAGUUAUCAGCAGUUAAAGUCAUAUCUAAAAAUCAUUAUAUUAUGACAAAGCAUAUAAUUCUUUAAGUGUGUGUGUGUGUGUGUGUGUGUGUGUGUGUGUGUGUGUGUGUGUGUG